UACUACAGUACGUAGAGCAAGAGAACCACCUACCAGCUGCCAGGAAAGCAUUUGACAAGUUUUUCACGCACUAUCCAUAUUGCUAUGGGUACUGGAAGAAGUACGCAGACCUGGAAAAGCGACAUGACAACAUCAAGCAAUCCGAUGAGGUACGUAGGUAGCUGGACAAAGCUAUUGCCAUUGAUCCUGUUAGCCAAAUAAUGACUGACCUACCACAAGUCAUUUGGCUGCCAGAACCUGCCAUGUAUGGUCAGGUUUAUAGGGAUUUUGUUUGCACUUGUCACUUCUGUGGCAUUUGUAGCUAAUGUUUUCUCUCUUUGUUGGCAGGUGCGUUAAACCUCUACAGUUUGUCAAGCUUUGCAGUGCAAGCCUCUGUAUUACACUGCAGCUUAACAAGUAGGGCAGGGCUUUUCUCUCACUUACAUUUAUUACUCAUUUUCAAAACAAUAUAGUUGGUUUGCUGGUCACGAUUGCUACAUCUUAUUGCAUUUUUGGUCAGACGCUGUCAAUGAUGAUCUAAUGGGUCUGUGCCCUAUGGUCUAUACCCCAAAGCCUGCCCACACAACCUGGUCAGAAUGCAGGGACCGCUGCGCUUUGAAGAUCAAGACUCUGCACGUGGAGAUCAGAACAUUGCCAUGUUCUAUCCAACCUCCACCCGAAUGGUUUAUCGCAGAGGGCUUCAGGCAAUUCCUCUUAGUGUUGAUCUUUGGAUACAUUAUAUAAACUUCUUAAAAGACACCUUGGACCCUGAUGAUCCUGAAGCUAACAGUACUAUUCGAGGAGCCUAUGAACAUGCAGUCUUAGCUGCUGGGACAGAUUUCCGUUCUGACAGACUGUGGGAAAUGUAUAUAAACUGGGAGGAUGAGCAGGGAAACCUGAGGGAAGUUACAUCCAUAUAUGAUCGUAUCCUUGGAAUUCCAACACAACUCUACAGUCAUCACUUCCAAAGGUUUAAAGACCAUGUCCAGAACAACUUGCCUCGAGACCUCCUGACUUCUGAGCAGUUCAUUCAGCUGCGCAGAGAGCUGGCAUCUGUGAAUGGCCAUGCAGGGGGGGACGCGUCGGCUGGCGACGACCUGCCCUCGGGUACCGAAGAUAUAACUGACCCUGCCAAGCUGAUCACUGAAAUAGAGAACAUGAGGCACAGAAUCAUUGAGAUUCAUCAGGAAAUGUUCAAUCACAAUGAACACGAAGUCAGUAAGAGGUGGACAUUUGAAGAAGGGAUAAAGAGACCUUACUUUCAUGUGAAACCUCUGGAGAAAGCGCAGCUCAAAAACUGGAAAGAGUACUUAGAAUUUGAGAUAGAAAAUGGGACGCAUGAACGAGUUGUGGUCCUCUUUGAAAGAUGUGUUAUUUCAUGUGCCCUCUAUGAGGACUUCUGGAUUAAGUAUGCCAAAUACAUGGAGAAUCAUAGUAUUGAAGGAGUGAGGCAUGUCUACAGCAGGGCUUGCACAAUACACCUUCCUAAGAAACCGAUGGUUCACAUGCUGUGGGCUGCCUUUGAGGAACAGCAGGGCAACAUCGAUGAGGCGAGAAGAAUCUUGAAAACCUUUGAGGAGUGUAUUCUAGGCCUAGCAAUGGUUCGCUUGCGAAGAGUGAGCUUAGAGCGCAGGCAUGGGAACAUGGAAGAAGCUGAGCGCCUGCUUGAAGAAGCUGUUAGGAACGCCAAGUCAGUUAGUGAAUCGUCGUUUUAUGCCAUCAAAUUAGCUCGGCACCUCUUCAAAGUGCAGAAAAAUCUUCCAAAGGCAAGAAAAGUGCUGUCAGAUGCCAUAGAAAUCGACAAAGAGAAUACCAAACUGUAUCUCAACUUGCUUGAAAUGGAGUACUGUGGUGAUCUCACACAGAAUGAAGAGAACAUUUUGAGCUGUUUUGAUAAAGCUGUUAAUGGCUCGUUGUCUAUAAAAAUGAGGGUUACGUUUUCGCAGCGAAAAGUGGAAUUCCUUGAAGAUUUUGGUUCUGAUGUAAACAAGCUUUUGGAUGCGUACGAUGAACACCAAGCACUUCUGAAGGAGCAGGAUACUUUAAAGAGGAGAGCAGAGAAUGGAUCGGAGGAGCCAGAUGAGAAGAAAAUGCUCACAGAUGAGCAAACCAUGGCAUCGGCACAGAUGAUGGAUGGAGACAUGCAGGUCAAUCAGGCAGCAUACAACUAUAACGCCUGGUAUCAGUACAAUUACCAGAACGCAUGGAAUUAUGGACAGUAUUAUUCUCCUUCAACUUGAUCAGAAGAGCGAGUGAAGUUCACUGUGCAGUAUCAACAAAGAGUAAAAUAUAUUUUUCUAAAUUAGGGUUGUGAAAGAACUGUUGUAAUACCUGCUUUUUGGUCUUUUGCAUGUAAAAUGAGCUGAUGUUCACAGGGUAUGUGUGAAGCAAGAAUUGUGUGCUGGUAACUGAUAAAUGGUAUCUCUGUACAAUUCUAGUUUACCAUAAAUGCAUUUUUUUUUUAAAAUUCCCUGCACUAACUUAUGGAGCUAUCUGAAGCAUUUUGUUCAGUCUCGUCAUGAUCCCUGCAGAGGGCUGACCUGCUCUGGCUGCCCACCAAGCUGUUCCCGCAUUCUCUCUCCUCAGCAGGCCCCAUGGAGGAAAGUAUGAUCUGAAAUAAACCCAACACCUCAGUGUGUUGAGGGAAGGACAGGGAGCUUGCUCACCCGUUACCACCAUGGGCAAAACAGACUCAGCGUGUGGAAGACGAAUUCAUAACAGAGUAGGGCAGUAAGAACUAAAAGCAAACUGAGAACGCUUUGCCCCUGCUCCCCUUCUUCCCAGGCUCAACGUCUGUCUCAGUUCUUCUAUCUUCUCCCCCACGAAGCGCCACGGGGUGGGAGCGGGGUUUGUGGUCAGGCCCUAGUACUUCUUUCUCUGCUACUCCUCCUUCCUCGCGCUCUUCCCUGCCCCAGGGGUGGGUCCUUCCCUUGGCUUUGCCUUCCAGAGCUCCUCCCCCACGGGUGCAGGCACUGAUCCAGCUGGAUGUCCUCUGGGCUGCAGCUCCUGCCCGACCUCCUGUACCAGGCUGGGCCGCUCUCCCCGGGCUGCAGCAGCCGUGGAGCACAGCCUCCGGCUCUGCCUGGUCCCUGCAGGCAGCAGGGGCAUGUUACCUGCUUUGUCUCUCCCAUUCCCCCCCCCCCCACCUCGCACAGCUGCUGUGCAGUGGUGUUUAAGCCUUUCUUCAAUACACGCUCACAGCAGCACAGCUAGUGUAGCUUGCUGACUCCGUGCUGGAUGGAAGUGGCACUGGGCGUAACCCCUGCAGCCCCACAAGCAACAUCCUGCCCCAUAAGGCCAAUACAAUGCCAUGGAUCUAAUCAGUAAACCUUUCUGUUGGUUUUAAAGAAGCAGUUUGGAUGUCUCCUAGCCCCAGCAGCUGCUCCGGGAGACGAGCAGCUCUUUGACCUGUUCUGCUCUCCUUCCCAACCAAAACUUUGCCCGUUUCCAUUGUGCAAUCCUUUUCUAUGCCCCAGUGAGCAAAUCCCAGAUUACUUUGUUAUAGGGUCAUGGCUGAAACUCUUCGGAUUGAGGUGGCAGCCUUUGAAAGCUGUGACAUGUAUUUUCUAUUCCAUGUGGGGGGGGGGGGGGUGUCAAAAAUUAAAAUGCAGUGCAAAAUGAUGUUGCAUUCUUUUUUUAAGAAGCACAAACUGUGUUUGGGAUGAUUUUUGUAUCUAGAGUUUUUCAUGUACACAAUGUGAGCAAACUUUUUUCAUUUUGAUCAAAGUGAUCAUUCUCAUUUUCGUAAUAAAAGCAAGGAAUUCAGCAGUU